UAUCUUGCACUGCCUUCAAGACUGAGAAGCUACUGUAAUAGAGAACUCAAAAGGGGUGGCUAUGGCAGCGUUUGGGAUUCGAAUCGUGUUAUUGCUUGCAGCUUGCUUGCUUCCACUAUCUGUUGAAGCUCUGGUUCGCCACUACAAGUUCAAUGUGGUGGUGAAGAAUGCCACAAGAUUAUGCUCAACCAAACCCAUUGUCACCAUAAAUGGAAAGUUCCCAGGUCCCACCAUUUAUGCAAGGGAAGAUGACACUGUUCUCAUUAAGGUGGUCAACCAUGUCAAAUACAAUGUUAGCAUCCACUGGCAUGGGGUGAGACAAUUGAGAUCAGGUUGGGCUGAUGGGCCUGCAUACAUAACACAAUGCCCAAUUCAACCGGGCCAGGCCUAUGUCUACAACUUUACACUUACAGGCCAGAGAGGUACACUUUGGUGGCAUGCACAUAUCCUCUGGCUUAGGGCCACUCUCCAUGGAGCCUUCGUCAUCCUACCCAAGCUUGGGGUUCCUUACCCUUUUCCCAAACCUAAUAUGGAACAAGUUAUCAUACUAAGUGAAUGGUGGAAAUCAGAUACUGAGGCUGUGAUAAAUGAAGCUUUGAAAUCUGGUUUGGCACCAAAUGUCUCUGAUGCCCACACAAUCAAUGGUCAUCCAGGACCUGUCCAAGGCUGUGCUUCACAAGAAGGAUUCAAGUUGGAUGUUCAACCAGGAAACACCUACCUGCUAAGAAUCAUCAAUGCUGCACUCAAUGAAGAGCUUUUCUUUAAAAUUGCUGGCCAUGAACUCACUGUUGUUGAAGUUGAUGCAGUCUACACAAAACCCUUCAAAACUGAUACCAUUGUGAUAGCACCUGGGCAGACCACAAAUGUGCUUCUAACAACAAAACAUGCAGCUGGAAAAUACCUGGUUGCAGCCUCUACUUUCAUGGAUGCUCCUAUUGCUGUAGACAACAACACUGCCACUGCAACAUUACACUAUUCAGGAACCCUUAGUUCCACCCUCACCACCCUCACUUCCAUUCCUCCCUCAAAUUCCACUCUUCUUGCUACCACUUUCACUGAUUCUCUCAGAAGCUUAAACUCUAAAAAGUAUCCGGCCAGAGUCCCUUUGAAGAUUGACCACAACUUGCUCUUCACUGUUAGUCUUGGUAUCAACCCUUGUGCUACAUGUGUGAAUAACAGCAGAGUGGUAGCAGACAUCAACAACAUCACCUUUGUGAUGCCUAAAAUCUCUCUUCUCCAAGCACAUUUCUUCAAAAUUAAGGGAGUUUUCACUGAUGAUUUCCCUGGAAAUCCUCCUGUGGUUUAUAACUUCACAGGAACACAACCAUCCAAUUUAAAUACCAUGAAUGGAACAAGGCUAUAUAGACUUGCUUACAACUCUACAGUUCAAUUAGUCUUGCAAGAUACUGGAAUGAUAACACCUGAGAAUCAUCCCAUUCAUCUCCAUGGCUUCAAUUUCUUUGUUGUUGGUAGGGGACAAGGGAACUUUAACCCCAUCAAAGACCCCAAGAAAUUUAACCUUGUAGAUCCUGUGGAAAGAAAUACUGUAGGAGUUCCUGCUGGAGGGUGGACUGCUAUCAGAUUCAGAGCUGAUAAUCCUGGUGUCUGGUUCAUGCAUUGUCAUUUGGAAAUUCAUACAACAUGGGGAUUGAAAAUGGCUUUUGUUGUGGACAAUGGUAAAGGACCAAAUGAAUCUUUGUUACCUCCUCCAAGUGAUCUUCCCAAGUGUUGAGAAAAUUACCAACUUCAUAUGAACAAUGAGGAAGGGAAAGCAGAAAGAGAAUUGUGUAUGCCAAAAGGAAGAACAAUGGAGGCUAAUAACAAGAUUUUUACAGAGUAAACAAAGGAGAAAAUGCUCAAAGUGGAAUAAGACCAAAGGAUCAGUUGCCAUGUUUUUUUUUUUUUCCUUUUUCAUCAUUUUUUUGUAUUGUUUGUACUCUCAUUUUUCUCCUUCUUAAAUGAUAUUUUUGGCUUUAAUUAUACUUA